GCGGGUAGGUGGGAAAUGAAAUACCACCCGCGGACCAACAGGCUGGGCAGGUGAAGCUCAUUAGCUGCAGAGAAAGCAAUUUGCCUAAGAGAAUGAUACUCUGAAAUCAAACACUGGCCCUCCAGGUUGGGGGUUGAGGCAUCGGGCUAACUCCUCGAUACUCGUGAAAACAUUAAAAUGUUAAAAAACCCAACAGAAGCCUCGGAAAUAGGACUGGACAAAAAGGCGAACGACUUAAGCGUGCUAAACGGACAAUGAAUUUUGGAACACUCAAUGUACAAAGUUGCAGGACAAAGCUAUCAGAGAUCAUCCAUGAUCUGGAUAAACACAACUAUAAGAUAAUCACUCUGAUGGAAACGAAGAAAAAGGAAACGGGUUCAGAAAUGCAUAAAAUCACUGUCCUUGGAGUCUAUGGAGUAUCAAAUGACACCAAUAGAGAUGAAAAAGAGAAAUUCUUUGACGAACUGAACCAGGAGAUAGCAAAGAUAGGUAACAACAGGGAAUUAAUAAUAAUGGGAGAUCUAAAUGGUAGAACUGGAAGAAGAAUAGGCAGUGAAAUAAUAGGACUUAUGGAGAGGAUACUGUGAAUGACAAUGGAGGAAGGUUGAUAGAUGUAUGUGAGCAGAAUAAACUAACAGUAAAGAACGGAUACUUUCCACACAAGGACAUACAUAAGUAUACAUGGACUCAACCAACGAGAAAUUUGAGAUCGAUAAUAGACUACGUGAUAACAAAGCGCCAGACAUCACUGAAAGUUGAAGAUGUUAGAGCAUGUAGAGGAAUCUGCGACGUAUCUGACCAUCAUUUUCUCAAAGCCAAGAUAUUCUUCAGGAUACAUCAUGCGAACCUGACGAGUACUGAGGAAAGUGACCAAGGGACAGUGGAUAUUAUGGAAGAAAAGUAUAAUAUAGAAAGCCUACAGAAUGAGAGUACCCAAUACUUAUAUAAACGAAGAUUGGAUGCUUACCUAAAGGACCCGGAUAAUAUAACAGUACAUGAACUUUAUUAAAACGUUACCUACAGCAUAAGAAAAUCUGCAAGAGAAGCAUUGGGCAUCAAGAAGGCGCCUAAAAGUGGAAAAUAUUGGUGGAAUGAUGAGGCGGAAGAACUCGUUCGCGAAAAGAAGAGAUUGUAUCUGAAAUGGCUGAAUACUAAAAGCGAUGAAGACCAUAAGAAAUAUAAAGAGAAGAAAAGCGAAACACGCCACAAAAUAGCGGAGAGGAAAAGGGAAGCAUGGGAUGAGAAGUGUCGAGAGAUUGAGAUGUAUAUUGGAGGAAGAAAAUCUAGCGAAUCCUGGAAAUUUAUAAAUAGAGUCAGAACUGAUGAGAAACGCAACAGUACACUGCAGUUAAUACCGAACCAGAAAUGGACCAAACACUACGCAGACCUCCUUACUGAACACAGGGAAGAGUACAAACCGGUAGCAAAUGCAGGGAUACAAAUCGAAGGAGAGGAAAUACAUAUAGACCAAAUCGUAGUUAAAAAUGCCAUAAAACAACUGAAGAAUGGCAAAGCACCUGGUCCAGGUGGGAUUAAUGCAGAACUACUAAAAAAUGGAACCGAAAAAUUAUUCAAAUUAUUGGCCUACAUAUUUACAAAAUGCGUCAACGGCGAACCUAUACCAGAAGAAUGGAAGAUGGCCUACAUAACAUCAAUACACAAGAAGGGCAACAAACUAGACUGUAAUAACUAUAGAGGAAUAUCUAUAACGAGUACAAUUAGUAGGUUAUAUGGAAGAAUAAUAAGAGAUCUGGUAGAAGCAGAAUACCAAAACCAGGAAGAGGAGGAACAAUGUGGCUUUCGAGCGGGCAGAUCCUGCACCGACAACGUAUUCUGUCUGAAACAAAUUAUUGAGAAAAGAUCAGAAAGAAACAGGGCAACGCAUCUGAUGUUUGUAGAUCUGCAGAAAGCAUACGAUAACAUUCCUCUCGUGAAACUAUGGGAAGUGAUUCAGGAGACCAAUAUAAACCACACACUUGUUCAAGCUAUCAAAAAUAUAUAUGAUCAUAUGGUAGCAUGCGUGAAGAUAGGAAAUAAACUAUCAAUGCCAUUCACAGUCAACAAGGGUUUACGCCAGGGUUGCUGCAUUUCUCCUACGCUUUUCAAGGUGUAUGUAGCGAAAGCACUGUCAAUGUGGAAAAGGAAAUGCAGGGGUAUGGG